AUGUCGUACGAUCUCUCAAAAGUUGUUGGCCACGCCACCGAAGAUAAGCCAGUUACUUGGAACAAGCGCGACUUGUUGACCUACGCCGCAGGUGUUGGCGCGAAGAAGGAUGAAUUCAGCAUCGUAUAUGAGCUCGACAAGAACUUCUCCAUGCUCCCCACAUACCCUGUCGUCCUGAACCUGAAGGGAGACUCGCAAGAACUCAACCUCUUCGCUGAGAGGGUGAAUGGCGCGAAACCCCUUCCUGGGUUGCCUCCUCUUGAUCCAAACCGCAUGAUCCACGGAACGCAGCACAUCGAGCUCUUGAGGCCGUUGCCUUUGGUCAGUGGUCCGGGCUGGAAGUUGAAGGGCAGGUACACAGGGGUCACCGAAAACAAAAGCGGUAUCAUCCUCCUCGUGGAGCAAACCCUGGUCGACGGUAACGGCACACCAUACGCCAAGCUCUAUAGCUCGUCCUUCAACCUGGGAGCCAAAGCGAAUGGAACGAACUUCAAGAAGAUAAUUGCUGGUCCUCCUCAAGAAAAGCCCAUUCCGAAAGACCGCAAGCCCGACUGGACUUUCAAGGACCAAACCACGCCAGAACAAGCGAUCAUCUUCCGUCUCAGUGGAGAUUACAACCCCCUCCAUAUUGACCCCAAAAUUGGCCAGGCUGGUGGCUUCGGUGGCGUGAUCCUCCACGGUCUGUCGACCUAUGGCUUCGGAGUACGCGCGAUCAUCAACACAGUUGGUGGCGGUGACCCGAAGUCUGUUACGCUGUACGGUGGUCGCUUCACCUCCCCCGUCAAGCCCGGAGACGCCCUGGAGACCGAGAUCUGGGAAGUCGGCCCAGGACCCAACGGCACGACCGAGGUCGCUUUCCAAGUGAAGAACUUGACCUCUGGCAAAAUCUCGCUCGGAAACAGCAUCGCCUACGUCAAGAAGUCGGAGAAGAGCAAAUUGUAA